AUGUGGUGCGGUCUGAGUUGUGCAGUGGUUGGGCAUCGGAUGUUUGUCUUUUGCACAAUAACGCCACAUGAAGACUCUGAAAUACAAUUCAAUCCCUUAUUCACAAAAGCAAGAGCACGUUUUGUAAUUUUAAACGAAAACGCUGAACAGCGUUCGGCAAAAGCACAGCCAGGCAUAAGUACGCUUGCAGCAAAUGUGCUAAAUCUAAUAACAAAGACAAUUCAGCGCGAACUACUGGUGAAUAAUGAGAAUCUGAGCGAAUAUGCGCAUCCCAGUGAUGAAGAUUCGGCAUCCGAGGGUUAUUGUAUAUCCUGGCACGAAAUACUGCAAUUAGCCCGCAGCUAUGGACUAUUGGAUGCCAGUGACAUAAGGCGUUACGAGAGAGGUGAAUAUGAAUUGGAUGAGUUGCUAACGCUUUACGACCGGCUGUUCGGAAAUGCGAGAAGCACACGCCGUUCGCGUUAUCACAAUCGCUCUUGGGGUGGUCAGUAUGUGCAAGGCACGCGUCGUCGUGGCUCGUUAUAUCGUCGUUUGCGCAGGACGCAAUCAUUCUGA